AUGUCUUCCUCAGACACCUACGAUUACAUCAUCAUAGGUGGCGGUCAAUCCGGCGUAGUCGUAGCCGCAAGAUUACACGAGGCACACCCUCACCUAUCAAUUGCCCUUCUCGAAGCCGGUCCAGAUGAGUCUCAUAACCCAGCCGUCUUGUCUCCCGUGCUUUAUCCAACUCUGCAUGGAACGCCACUUCAGUAUAGCUACCAAACGACGAAACAAUCGCAGUUGAAUGGAAGAGAGAUAACUCAUUGGGGCGGUCGGUUAUUAUCAGGAAGCAGCGCCAUCAACUACGGUGCUUGGACUCGUGGAAAUGCAGCCACAUUCGAUGCGUGGAGCGCCCUCGUUGACGACGAACGUUGGUCAUACAAAAGCUUAACACCGUUUUUCCAAAAGUCCGAGCAUUUUCAUGAUGCUGAUGCUGACACUUCUCAACAUGGCUUGUCAGGACCGAUGCACACGUCUUCGGGAGGCCGAGACUAUGCUCUCCGAGAGCCAGUCAAAGAGGCAUUGCUCUCAACUGGCGCGCCGUUUAAUUCUGAUAUGAAUGAUGGGGCUCCUAACGGUUUGGCUCGACUUGUGGAGAAUUGGCACAAUGCUUCCCGCCAGCACGCUGCUAUCUGUUACAGCCUCGAUGGAGUGCACGUGAAAACAGAUACAGUCGUCUGUCGUGUUCUUUUUGACGGGAAAAAGACCACAGGAGUUGAACUGACUUCCGGCCAGACGCUCACUGCUACCAGAGAAGUCAUCAUCAGCUGCGGGGCUCUACGUACCCCACAACUCCUCAUGCUCUCCGGUAUUGGGCCUGCUUCCGAAAUAAGUCGUCUUUCCAUCGCCCAAGUCGUUGACCUGCCUGUCGGUCAAAACCUCCACGAUCAUGGCAGUGUCAACAUAGCAUUCAAACUCAAAAACCCAGCAGCAGGCUAUGCCGUCGGCUCCCCAUUAUUCAACAAACCAGAAUAUGCCACCGGAAACCCCAUGGACUGGAUCGUCUCCGCUGCUGCUCCAGACGCCGAUUUAGAGGUUGCGGCAGCGAAAGACGGGACCACUCAUACGCCAGUCCCCAGUGGGGGUAGCCGUACUGACUACGAGGUAACUGUGAUGUAUGCUUCCACUGCUCCAGAGAUUGCGCCUAUGGACGGUAGUCAUAUCACCGCGGGCGUGUUGUGUCUUUCACCGACAUCUCGCGGGACAGUCACAUUGUCAUCGACCGAUCCAAAAGACAAUCCCAUCGUUGACCCUCAAUACUUCACUACAGAACAUGACCGCGCUGUCAUACGCGCUGGAAUACGUACAGCAUUCAAAGCCAUGGAAUCCGACCCUUUGAAACCAUAUAUCGAGGGCGAGACACCUCCGCCAGGCUUACCAGCGAUCAACUCGAAUAGUACGGAUGAGGAACUAGAUGCUCGUGUCCGUGGUAUCAGUGCCUCUUGGUUCCAUGUAGCAGGGACGGCAAGUAUGGGACAGGUGGUUGAUGCGGAGUGUAAAGUGUAUGGUAUUCAGGGAUUGAGGGUAGUGGAUUGUAGUAUCAUGUCAUUGAGUAUUUCGGGGCAUUUGCAGGCGCCUAUGUAUGGCAUUGCGGAGGCGGCUGCGGAUAUUAUUGCGAAGAGUGUGUCAAUUUAG